AUGACAUCCUAUCUUCAGAAAGAAAGGAUCCCAGACCAGUGGAAGACCUCGCGAACCGUUCUUAUCCAUAGGAAAGGAAACCCAGGGGACCUUCGGAAAGACAGUCCGAUAUGCUUGCUGAGCGUGUUAUACAAAGUAUUCACUAAGAUCAUUCUUACGCGCAUAUCUAGGAUGUUGGAUGAAGCCCAGCCGCAAAAACAAGCUGGAUUCCGUCACGGUUUCAGCUGCUUGGACCAGAUCCAGACCGUGUCGAAGGUCAAAGAAGUUCGCCGGGAGUACAGCCUGCCCCCUCCCCAUAUCCAUUGGAAAGUGGGUACGACAAGGCCAUUCUAUGUCGCCGAAGCUGUUCGCGGCUGCAUUACAAUGGAUAAUGAAAUCACUUUCUCGGGAAGAACGAGGACGUAUUGA